UUGAUUUUCCGAAUUUACAAGGUGAGUUCAAUUCUUUCAAUGAAUUUAAAAUCAUAAUAUAACUUUUAUAUUAAAUAUUUUGACUGUAACUCUAGCCCUCAAGUUUCAAAAUGGGUGAUAAUGAUGAUUAUGAUGACGGCACAAUGGAUUUGUUGUCUGUCUCCCCUGAAGUUACCUACAACUGGGUUGAUAUAACAUCAGAUUUUUUUAAGUAUAUACAAGAUUUACAGCUAGGUGAGCUACUCCAUGAUGGUCAUCUAUUUGGGCUGUUUGAAGCUAUGUCAGCUAUUGAGAUGAUGGACCCAAAGAUGGAUGCUGGAAUGAUGUGCAACCGUGGAAAUCCUAAGCCUUUAAACUUUCAACAAGCAGUUGCGGCAGGCAAAUUGAAAAUAGAUGAUUUGGAACCAAGUGAGCUCAUUGGUAUAAUUGAUGCAACAAUGGCCUGCAUUGUCUCCUGGUUGGAAGGCCAUUCUCUUGCUCAGACUGUAUUCACAAAUCUGUAUUUGCAUCAGCCACAUUUGAUUAUAAAUAAAACUUUAAAAGCAUACUGCAUUGCUGUAUAUAAAUUGCUUGAUUGUAUUAGAGAUUGCAUUAACAAGGCACAAGUGUUUGAGGAGGAAGACUUCCAACCUAUGGGCUAUGGUUAUCGUCUGGGCUCAAAUCCACAGUCAGGUAAUACUUAUGAUGCUAGUCUUGAAGUCAGUGAGCAGAGGUGCAUAGCUAUGCUCAGAGAACAAGAAGAGGAAUUAAAUAAAAAAGCAAGAAGUGGUGAAGAUGAGGCAAACAGCUUAUGGAGUGCAUUAGCUGCAAGAAUCAGGUUCACUAGGAUGUUCUAUCAAGCACUUUUGCUAAUAACAAAGAGAGAUUCCCAAUCUGGAGCAGACUGUGUUGCUCUGUUAAAUGGUUGCUCUGAAAUGAUGAAAGUCAUCAUAAAGACUGCAGGGAAAGGGACACAACCUAUUGAAAAUUCUGAUUCUCCAAACCCAAUGGGAUUUGAGCCGAUGAUCAAUCAGCGUCUCUUACCUCCAACAUUUCCGCGAUACACCCGCAUCAAACCCCGGUUAGAGGCUCUGCAGUACUUUGACGAGCAGGUCACGAGGUUGCGUCACGCGUGGAAGAUCACUUCUUGUACGAACUUCCAUACUGCAUUGGACUUCUUCAUGGAGUUUAGCCGGCAGCGUGCAUGCAUCUUGUCGCGGUCUGCGCUACAGCUGUUGUAUCUAAGCCCAUCGCCCGCUAGCACGGCCUCCCUAGCGCAGUCCGGUCCGCCGCGGCCUCAUCACGCCUUGCUGGAGAUACUGCGCGAUUCAGUCAAGAACUUUGUUAAUCCUCCCGCUCUCACGCCUAAGUCUCCAGUCGUGUCUACGCCGCAAACGCGUGAAUUCGUAGAAAACUUUUUGGCUCGAUGCGUGCGUCCGUUUGCUGUACUUCUACAAGUGUGUGGACAUAAUAGAGCACGUCAACGAGAUAAAUUUGCACUGCUUCUAGACGAGUUUGCAACACUUCAAGAUGAGGCGGAGAGUGUAGAUGCCGUUGUGAGCGGAGCAGCUGGUUCAGGUCCUCGUGCCUAUUUCGGCACGUGGUUGCUCUAUCACGUGCUACGCGUCAUGAUCGCGUACCUGCUGUCCGGGCUCGAGCUCGAGUUAUACAGUGUGCACGAAUACCACUAUAUAUUCUGGUAUUUGUACGAAUUUCUAUAUGGCUGGUUGGUGUCAGCGCUAGGACGCGCGGAAACGUUAGCGAACGAAGGCACCCGACGGUCGGACGCGAAGCGUGGUGGCACGCGGAAACAAAAGAAGCGGAGUCGGCCGUAUGCGCGAGAGGGACUUAUGUGCCAAGUCAUGCAGAAUAUGUGCGGCGGGUACUAUAAGGCUUUAGUGGCUUUCAAACUACAGGGAAAGAUUCGUCAGCCACAGUCAGAGUUCGACAACGAAGCAGUUCGGUACAAGCAUCGGUUUGCGCCGCUCUCGGUUCUCACGCCGCCACAAGUUCACUAUCACGAGUUCUGUGAGAUGACACAGCCGUUGCAAUAUGAAAAUCCUGUGAUACUGUAUCUUGGAGGUUGCAAGCAUUUUCAGCAAGCUCGAUCUCUAUUGGAAACUAUUACAACGCCAGAUCAAGAGAUAACAGAUCUUCUCAAAGUAGCCAAAACAAAUUUUGUCGUGCUCAAGUUGUUAGCUGGCGGACACAAGCGAGACUCGACUACGCCUCCAGAAUUCGACUUUUCUGUGCAUAGACAUUUUCCAAUCAUUAAACUUGUAUAAUUUAUUCAACUGUAAGUGUAGUAUUACACAAAUAGUUGUGAAUUGUAUUUUAAUUAGAAUAUAUAUUUAAUUGUA